AUGUCUCCGUCCGAAGUUACCGAUGAGGUCUCUGUCGGGGAUGUAUUCACCCCGCAGGCAGACAAUGCGCCUCCUGCUGUCGACGUUUCGGCCAAUCACCACGGCGCGGAUGUCCACAUGGGCGAGCGCCGGUUCUCCCCGGACACGCACCUGGCUACCGAGAAUGCCAUCCGUGCUUACGGGCUGAACAAAGAGAAGGAGAUGCUGCCCUCGGCAUUGCCAGCUCUGAUGACCGGAAAGCAACGUCGGAAGAAGAAGAAGAAGCAGGCCGCGGCCGCGGCCGCAGACCCAGCCUUGUCGACCGUACGAGGUUUCACGCCGCUGGCUUCUGGAGACGAAGACUCAGACUUUUCUACAUCGAGUUCUCGUGCCACAUAUUCGCGCCCAGCUACCGCGAUCGGCGGAGUGAGUCCCCCUGUGUAUCCUUCCACUGGCCAUGGAGUCAGUGCGUUGAAGCUCCAGCUUGAUUCCCUGAAUAUUUCCGGAAAACCGACAACGAACACCAGCGGACUUUGCUCGGCAACUCCCAGCAAUGCGAGUGUCUACUCCGACAGUGAUCAGACUGAAGUCUUGACAAGCUAUGAAGUGCCCCUCGAGCAUGAUUUCGUCAGUGCGGAUGUUGAGAAGGAAGAUAGCAUCACCCCAUCAAGCCCAUGUGCUGUUGGAAAUGGUAAUGGUACUGAUAUGCGAAGCCAGCUCUGUCGCAAGAUGACUGCCGAUGACUUUGAGCCCCUGCUCUGCCUCGGCAAGGGCUCUUUCGGAACGGUCUUGCUGGUUCGCCAUGUUGUCACGGGCAAGCUGUACGCGCAGAAGCAGUUCCGCAAGGCAUCGAUCACUGUUCAUAAGAAGCUUGUGGAGCAAACCAAGACUGAACGUAUGGUGCUCGAAAGUGUCAAUCGUCAUCCGUUUGUGGUGAAGCUUUUUUAUGCUUUCCAGGACCAUGAGAAGCUCUAUUUGAUUUUGGAAUACGCCCAGGGUGGCGAGCUAUUCCACCACCUCGCAAUGGAACGCAUGUUCGAAGAAGAUGCAGCUGCAUUCUACAUGGCGGAGAUGGUACUUGCCCUCGAGCAUCUUCACCAGAAUGUAGGUGUCCUUUAUCGCGAUCUGAAGCCCGAAAACUGUCUCCUCGACCGGGAAGGUCACUUACUGCUCACGGACUUCGGCCUCAGCAAGAUCGCCCUCAGUGAUGAUGACCGCUGCAAUUCCUCCCUUGGCACAAUCGAAUACAUGGCCCCAGAAGUUAUCCAGGGCAAGCCCUACGGCAAAGCCUGUGACUGGUGGUCCCUCGGCGCGCUGGGUUUCGAUCUUCUCACUGGCUCACCACCUUUCCGUGCCGCCAACCAUGCCAAACUCCAGGAGAAGAUUGUGAAGCAAAAGCUCGUUCUACCUUAUUUCAUCGGCCCGGACGCGAAGGACCUGCUUAUCCGGCUUCUGCGCAAGGAACCGGCCAAGCGACUGGGCUACCAUAUGCCAAAGGACCUGCAAACCAUCAAGAAGCACCGUUUCUUCCGCAAGAUUGACUGGGCAGCUCUCGAGCGCCGCGAACUUACUCCGCCCAUUCAACCAGUGGUCACGGAUCCGGCCCUGGCAGAGAACUUUUCUUCAGAUUUCACUCAAAUCCCCCUUAGUCCUACUUUCGCUGGUGGUUUCGAUGACCUUUAUGAAUCUGGCCGAAAGGCCUCUCGUCUCUCCGGCAUCGCAGGACAAACUCCCGGAGAGGGUGAUCCAUUCGGUGGCUUCAGUUUUGUCGCAUCAAGCUCGCUGCUUGAUCAUGGGCUUGGUCUUAUGACAGCGGGUGUUUAG